CUGUUUCCCGCCUCUGUGAGUUUCAAUGUACGGGCAUCACCACCACCUCUCCCCUGGCGGCGGUCCUCCUGGUGUGCCGCCUCCAUCUCUACCACCAUCACAACAACAACAACCACAGUAUCCUCAACAGUUUUCACAGAAUCCCAACUUUUAUUUCCAAAACCCUAAUUUCUAUCCCCAAAACCCCUCUUUCUCAGUACCUCCUCAAAACCCUUAUAUCCAAAACCCUUCUUUCCCAAUCCGCCCAAACCCACCACCAUUCCCACUUCAACAACAACAUCCCAACACCUCUGCAAAACCCAAAGAAUCUCUAGAAAGAAUUGAGAGUGCGGUAGUCAAGGCUCAUAAUAAUCUCCUCACAACUGGAGAAACCGUCUCGGCAUGGCUUGUUGCUCAAUCUGCACUUUUAAUUUUAAAAGUAGAUUAUUGGGGUUCAUUAGGGUUUCAAAUGCAGCAAGUACCUUCUUUACAUCGCCUCAUGGUCAUCGAAGGAAAGAUUAAUGCAUUCAUCCAUUGUUUCGUCGGGUCGCGGAGAAUUAUAUCGUUGUAUGAUUUAAGUCUUGCAAUAUGUAAGAAUGAGGGGAUUGAAAGGUUUGAAGAUCUAAGGUUGGGAUCUUUAUUGCGGCAUCCACUUGUUGUACAUUAUUUUUCUGUUCCUGUAGAUACAAAAGAAGUUCACAAGAUAACAAGCCAGGAAGUUAUCUCUUACCUUGCUGACUACUUAUAUUCAAAGAAUGGGAGAUUUGUACAAGCUGAAGGGUUUUUGGAGUUUUUAGCAAUUAAAGAAUCAGUAGAUAUUAAAGAAAAGCUUGGCGUCCGGAUUCAAAGCUUGAAGCUGCACAUAACUUCGAUUCAAGGUUCCAAGAGAGCAGAAGAGUCGACAUUGAUGGAUUAUGUUCAGAUACUGGAGCAGAAGUCCAAUCUGCAAAACAGUAAAGCAGAAGCUGUAAUCGCAAAAGCUCCAUGUAUACAUUCACAGAAAAAAGAGCUGGACAAAAGGUUCAGCACUAUUGCACAGCGUAUCAAGUCGUUUUCUCCAAUUCAAGCAGAUUUAGAUGGAAAGCAUAUUAGGUUUCUUUCAUCAGACUCAGAAGCUGAAAGUGAUGAAAAUGAUGCUGAUGAUGAGGUUGGUAACAAGGAUGAGAAGUCCCUAACUGGUAAUCAUGGAGUUUCAUCUCAAGAUAGACAAAGUUCUGGAAAACGUGCCACCACUUGCCCGUAUCCAUCUGCAUCUGAAGAAAUGACACGACUUGGAUUGAAAAUCGAACUAGACGAGCCUUCACCUGCUAGUGGCACAUCAAAGUGCAACACAAAUAAGAAAUCAAUGGGUAAGAAAAGGAAAGGUAGAUACUUCAAUAGUGGUUCCACCCCUCCAUCUUCCAAUUUUUCCAAAAGGUCCAAGCUGAAUUUGGAGGGGGUUGAUGGCAACAUGUUUCUACAGAAUGAUGCCAAAACUGAACUGAUAAAUAAUAGUGGUUCCGAGGAUGUGAAUUCUGACCUUAUGCUUAAUGAGAAAAUGAUGGAUACGUUCAUAACCACCUGGAAGGAUGCAUGUCAGAUGCAUUCCGUUGCUGAGGUAUUUGAGAGGAUGAUAGAUUUCUACAAUGAACCAGGUCGAGUAGGAAAAAAAUCAAAAAUGAAGUGUUCAUUAGAGAGGCAAAAGAAGAAAAUGAAAUCCACGUUCUCAUCAUACCCGUGCAUCGGAUUACUGAAUAUUGCUAUUAAAUCUAUUAAGUGCGGGAUGUGGGACAAUCUUUAUGAUGCUAUUCAAUCCAUUGGCCAACAUGGAUGUAGUAGUCCUAAUUCUGCUUCUUUUACUGAUAUGGAAAGGAUAGAUGUUGAAGUUCCAACCAAAAAAGAUGCAUCGUCACUCAAUGAGCAUGCCUCUCAACUAAAACAUAGUGUCUCUAUUGGUGAUAUUUCAAAGAAAAUUGUGUCAUAUUUUGAAUAUGACUCCUGUACUAGAGAAGGCCGCUCCGAACCGCAGAAGCAACUUAAUUUGUUGAGAUCUCUAUGUGAUUGUGAGUUGUGGUUAACACAACAAUUUUCUGUCAAGGAAUUUGAUUCUUUGGGUUAUGGUAACUUCAUCAAAUUCUUGGAAGAUAAUUUCUCCAGUCUACCUAAUGAAUUAUAUGGAAAUAUGAGUGGGAAUUCCCUUUUAGAGGUAUCCAUGCUCGGGCAGCAAUUGAUAAUGUUGCUAUCUCAAUCAAAGACUAGCUUGUGGGGGAACGAUGCGGUAACCUCACAUGACAUCUCUUUGUUACUGAAGAAGCAAUUUCCUACAAUUAGUUUUCAAGUUGGUGGCGACGAUCCCUCAAAAUACUUAAAGGAACAGGAAAAGAGCCAAUUCUCCAGCUGUGUUUUAUUUUCUGUAGCAUUGUCGCAAUCUUGGUAUGAACUGGAGACAAGAUCUUUACAAACUCAAGGAAAUCAAGGAAACACUGAGUUGAAUACUGACUUGGGGCACAUAUCUGGGGCACGUGGAUCUGUUUCAUCCAAGGAUGCAGUUGAUUGUUUGCUCAGCGCACCAAUGUUAUCCGAUCUACUGCUGUGGUCUCAUUGGGACCUCUUAUUUGCUCCUUCGCUUGGUCCGCUUGUGGAUUGGUUGUUAAGUGAAGCCAACACCAAAGAGUUGCUGUGUGUAGUAACAACAGACGGGAAGAUUAUCCGAAUAGAUCGCACGGUGACUGUAAAUGAUUUCUUGGUAGCUGCACUCCAAGGAUCUUCCUUUCAAACAGCUGUCAAAUUGCUGUCUUUGCUUUCUUUGUCUGGAGGGGAGAAGCAAGUUCCCUUGUCCCUUCUUAAGUGCCAUGCACACCAAGCAAUUCAAGUCAUCCUAAAAAAUUCUGUGGACUCUCUAGAAACAGGAAACGAUCGGGAUGUUGAACCACAUGGUCAAGAUAAAGGGAUUCCUGCGGCGUCAAGGUUCAUUUUGGAGUGUCUUGGUUACCUUCCAUCAGAAUUUUGGAGUUUUGCUGCCAACUUAUUUCUUUCAGGGUUGAGAUCUUUCACAAAAGAAGCCCAUGCCCAUGCAGCGAUAUUACUCGAGUGCAACCAACUUGAUCAACGAAUGAUGCUUCAUGAAAUUGGGUUUUCUCUAGGGAUUAUGGAAUGGAUUGCAGAUUAUCAUGCGCUCAAAUCUAGUGCUGCUGAUGGUUUGCCCAUAGAAUUCUCUAAUCUUGGAUCUAGCGCUGCUGCUGAUGUAGCGAAAGGAUCAGCAUAUCAACCUAAAUAUGAUGGAGAAGUAGCAGUAAUUGUUGAGACAGAUGUACCCACUAAAAUAUGUAGUGAAUUCGGCACUACGACGGAUCUCAAAGAAGUGUCCAACAAAAAAAAGAAGAAAAAGAAAACAAAAGAAGUGUCGAACAAAAAUAUCAAUGAACACGAUGAAGACAAAGAGGCCACACUUGUUAUUGAAUCUAUUAGGCGUGAGGAAUUUGGUCUAGUUCCAGACCUCACUCAUGCGGAGACCAGCAUGUUAAAGAAGCAUCAUGCCCGCUUAGGGAGAGCUCUCCAUUGUCUUUCGCAAGAGUUAUAUUCACAGGAUUCACAUUUUCUUCUGGAGCUGGUUCAAAAUGCAGACGAUAAUGUGUACUCUGAAAGUGUGGAACCAACACUGGUUUUCAUUCUUCAGGAAACUGGCAUUGUUGUUCUGAACAAUGAGCGGGGGUUUUCUGCUCAAAACAUUAGAGCACUUUGCGAUGUCGGGAAUUCAACAAAAAGAGGAGCAAGUGCUGGAUACAUAGGACAGAAAGGAAUAGGCUUCAAAUCCGUUUUUCGGGUUACAGAUGCUCCAGAGAUACAUUCCAAAGGGUUUCAUGUCAAAUUUGAUAUAAGUGAGGGUCAGAUUGGUUUUGUUUUACCAGAAGUUGUCUCCCCUUGUGACAUUGACUUAUACGGGAGACUUGUACCUGGUGAUGUUGUUGAUCAAAACAAUGUUAGCAGCAGCUCGUGGAAGACCUGCAUUAUACUUCCCUUUAAACCAAAGCUAAAAGAAGGAACAAGCAUCAGCUCUAUCGUGUCUAUGUUUUCAGAUCUUCAUCCAUCCUUAUUAUUAUUUCUUCAUCGCCUUCGGUGCAUCAAAUUUAAGAACAUGCUCACUAAAGAAUGCGUUGUCUUGAGACGAGAAACAUUAGAAGAUGGAAUAGUAAAAAUUUCUCAUGGAAAAGAAAAGUUAAGUUGGUUUGUAGCAUCUCAGAAGUUGCAUGGUAGUGUCUUACGACCUGAUGUGCAAACUACAGAGAUCUCAAUAGCCUUCACACUAGACGAGUCAGCUGAUGGACAGUAUAAACCACAUCUAGAGCAACAACCUGUAUUUGCUUUUCUUCCUCUAAGAACUUACGGUUUGAAGUUCAUUCUUCAAGGUGACUUUGUUCUUCCUUCAUCCAGAGAAGAGGUGGACGGAAACAGCGCUUGGAAUCAAUGGCUGUUGUCAGAGUUUCCAAGCCUGUUUGUUGGUGCACAGAGAUCGUUUUGUGCCCUUCCCUGCUUUCAGGGGAGUCCUGGAAAAGCUGUGGUGGCUUACAUGAGUUUUGUUCCUCUUGUUGGGGAAGUUCAUGGAUUCUUUGCACAUCUGCCGCGCAUGAUUAUAUCUAAAUUGCGUAUUUCAAAUUGUAUGCUACUUGAAGGACAUGAUAAGAACGAUUGGGUUCCUCCAUGCAGAGCCCUUAGAGGUUGGGAUGAACAGGCUCGUAUACUUCUGCCUGAGAGUUUACUGAAUCAGCAUCUUGGACUCGGUUACUUGGAUAAGGACAUAGUUUUGUCUGAUACUCUAGCGAAGGCUUUGGGUGUCCAAGGCUAUGGACCAAAUAUCCUAAUUGACAUUAUCUCAUCCAUAUGCCUAGCACAAGAUAACACUGGGAUUAAAUCAUUGGGAUUGGAUUGGUUAUCUUCCUUUCUUAACACUCUCUAUUCAUUGUUGGUGGAUAAUUCUUUUGGCUCAUCUAUUUCCUCAAAUGCUGUAGUAGAAUCAUCAGAUCAUAUUAAGAGACUUAGACAAAUACGAUUCAUUCCACUUUCAGAUGGUACAUAUAGUUCAGUUGCUGAAGAUACUAUUUGGUUACCAUCCGAGUCCUUUAACAGCGGCCUUGGUGGGUCGGAUGGUCCAGAUGUUUUCCCAAGUAUAUAUGCCAAUCUUCGGAUGGUAAGUUCUGCCCUAAUUUCAUUGGCAACUGCAAACAACAAUGGUGAAGACCCGACACUGGUUGAGAACCGCAUAAGGAUGCUUAAUAAAAUUGGUGUCCAACGAUUAUCUGCACAUGAUGUUAUUAUGGUGCACAUAUUACCAGGAAUUUCUGACGUUAGAGUGACGAACAGGGACAAUAAUUUGAUGGCAGAGUACCUAUCCUUUGUGAUGCUCCACCUUCAGUCUAAUUGCCCAAGGUGCUGUAAUGAAAGGGGACACAUAAUAUCCGAGUUAAGAAACAAAACAUUUAUUUCAACAAGUUAUGGUUAUAAAAGACUUGUCGACGUACCGAUACAUUUCAGCCAAGAGUUUGGGAAUCCAAUUGAUGUGAAUAAUUUAAUUGAUGCAACAAGCUUCAAAUGGCAUGAAAUAGACAUCAUUUACUUGAAAUGUGGAAGUACCAAUAAAGCUUCAAUGUUUGAUUUAGCGAAGUGGAGAGAAUUUCUCCAGGAAUUAGGUGUUAGUGAUUUUGUGCAAAUAACUCAAGUCGAGAGGAAGGUAGCUGAUGUACCUCUUACUGAUUUGAAGAGUUUGAUGCAUGCAACUGACCUUAUCCCCUUUGAUUCAGUACUUAAAGACUGGGAGUCCCCUGAGCUGGUCCAGCUUGUAUCUGCUUUAUCCUCACAGAACAACAAUGUAAAAUGUAAGUAUCUUCUGGAAGUUCUUGAUGAAAAGUGGGAUAAUUAUUUUGGAUUGAAAGCAAGCGGUUGCUGCACUUCAAAACAGAACGAGAGUGAUAAACUAUUCAAGUCCUCAUUCAUAAAAAGCAUCACGGAUAUUCCCUGGGUAGUAUCUAGUAUGGACCAAGAGCUUCACUAUCCCAAAGAUCUAUUCCAUGAUUGUGACACAAUCCGGUCCCUACUGGGAGCUUCUGUGCCGUAUGUUCUACCGCAGGUAAAGAGCAGAAAGUUCGUGAGCGACAUGGGUUUUAAGACUCAAGUUACCCUUGAUGAUGCCCUGCAAGUUCUUCAAGUCUGGAGGAGAUGUGCCUCUCCAUUCAAAACCAGCAUUGCACAAAUGUCCAAAUAUUAUUCAGUCAUUUGGAAUGAGAUGGAUAGCUCAAAAUCAAAAAUUGCAGCAGCAUUCAGCAUGGGACCUUCUAUAUUUGUUCCACUUGAAAAUAUAUCUAGGCAUGACGAUGUGGUGCAUGGCAUGCUUUUGUCUCAAGAUGACGUGUAUUGGCAUGAUCCAACUGGUUCUGUGGACCUGGCAAGAAAAUUGCUUCUCCAGUCUGGCUCAAUAAACAAGAUUAAUUGUCACUUAAGCAACACAUUGGCCCAGGUGUAUCAAGGCCUUCACGACUUUUUUGUGCAUGGAUGUAGGGUUUCUCAGACCCCUCCUUUUAGAAGUUACAUUCUGAUUUUAAUGCAGUUAUCAGACGUCGCUUUGCCUUCACAAGCUGCUAAAGUGGUUUACGAGGUUAUUUUGAAGUGGUCUGAUGAUCUAAAAUCUGGCUUGUUAAGUCCAGAAGAUGUUCUUUACCUGAAAGAGUUUCUUCUGAAAUUGGAAAGUACUGUUCUUCCCACUGUACUGGAUAAAUGGGUUUCACUUCACCCAACAUUUGGUGUUGUCUGCUGGUGUGACGACGAGGAGCUAAAAAAACAAUUUAAACACUCCGACAAUAUCAGUUUCUUGUACUUUGGUGAGCUUAGUAACGCUGAGAAAAAAAUGCUCUCAGAAAAAAUUUCUGGGCUUAUGCAAAGUAUUGGAGUUCCCGCUCUUUCUGAGGUCAUCACCCGGGAAGCAAUAUUUUAUGGCGUGGAAGAUAAUAAGGAUAAGGCUUCACUGGUGGAUUGGAUUCUUCCUUUUGCACAGCGUUAUAUCUCCAAAAUGCACCCUGAUAAAUACUUUCUUCUCAAGCAAGCGGGUUCUGAAAACAUGAGUCGCCUACAAGUUGUUGUGGUUGAUAAGCUAUUUUAUAAAUAUACCAUAAAGGGUGGCAACAGUGCAUCCAAUAGACGUUCAGAGUGCAGUUGUCUUAUUCAGGGUGAAAUCUUAUAUGUGAGUCGAGAUUCAGAUACUCACUCGAUAUUCCUGGAGCUCUCUCGCCUAUUUUACAAUGGAAUUCCUGAACUACACCUUGCAAAUUUCCUCCACAUGGUCACAACCAUGGCUGAAUCAGGUUCCACCAAAGAGCAAACAGAGUUCUUCAUUUUAAAUAGCCAGAAGAUCCCCAAACUUCCUGACAGUGAACCUAUCUGGUGUCUUCCAUUGCUAUCCUCUCCGCAAGAUGUUUCUCAACCGGCUUGUUCCUCAGCUAUCGCCAACGAGCAAAACCAGUCGAAGUCCAAAAGAAAAUUAGGAUAUAAUACUAGUUGGCCUCCUGCAGAUUGGAAAACUGCACCCGAUUUCAACUAUUCUCGUACAAAUGGGCUCAGAACAAGACCUGGAGAUGUUCCCCUACCAAUUGAAAGCUCUCAAAAGGAAGAGGAACCUGAAGGCAUGGUCUCACAAGAUCACGACGGGAUUCCUCUUGGGUAUACUGUUGAUUGGAACAUCGAGUCAGUAGCUAGUCUGACUGUAGGUUUGCAAGAGUCUACGAGUAAAGUAGGUCAACCACGUUCUGGUUCUGGAAGGUCUGCUUAUAGGUCAGAGGUGAUCAACCAGACAUAUACUGUCAAUAUUUCUGGAUACCCAGAUUUUUCCUAUUUAGCAGUGCAUGAGAGAGAUCAGAUUUCUCAUCACACACCAAAUCCGACUGAUGCUCAAAAAACAGGGCGUCGUGGAGAGGAGGUAGCUUUUGAUCACCUCGUCGAAAAGUUUGGUGCGGGAAGUGUUAACUGGGUAAAUAAAGAAGCAGAGACUGGAUUACCUUAUGAUAUUGUUGUUUGUAAAAAUGAUGAGAGCAAAGAGUAUAUUGAAGUUAAAGCAACAACAUCUGCAAGAAAGGACUGGUUCUCAAUUACACCAAAUGAAUGGCAAUUUGCAGUUGAAAAAGGGGACUCUUUCAGUGUUGUGUAUGUUGUUUUGUUGGAUUCAACGAAGGCAACAAUAACACAUUUCAACAAUCCGCUGAAGCAAUGCCGGCACGGCUCCUUGCAGUUGGCUCUUUUGAUCAUGAAAAAAAAGAAAAAUGAAAACAUGCCCUCUGCCAGCUGAUGCCGUUGUUAGCUCUAGUUCUAUUAUCUGAAUAUUCAUAAACUUUUGCUUUCUGACAAAUUUUGAUCUGAGAUGUCAGGCAAGUGAAAGAGAAAAAAAGAAAGAAAAAGAAAUGAGAUACCCUUCUGGUAUAACAACAGGUGACAUAUUGAUUCCUCCGCAUUGUUUUGUAUCAAAACGAAUAAGAAGAGAAAUAUUGUAAAGUUUUCAUUAAUUUCUAGUAAUGUAUAUUAUGAUUUGCUCAGUA